AUGGACUUCAGCGAUGGCUCCGGCUAUGGUGGUGGUUUCGGCGGACCUCCAGGAGGCACUGGUGGACAAACGAAUUUGAGCAGCUUCCGCGCAAGGGAUCCAAAUCGUAACACCUUCAAGAGCGUCUUCGGUGGCUUCGUCAACAGCAUGAGUGAUGUCUUCUCACAGCAAAAGAAGAUUGAGAUCUCGACACCGUACGAUCCGGUGCAUUUGACGCACGUCGGCUUCAACUCGGACACGGGCGAGUUCACAGGUCUCCCGAAAGAAUGGCAGCAGCUGUUACAAGAUUCAGGUAUCAGCAAGCAGGAUCAGGCGGCGAAUCCGCAGGCUGUGAUGGACAUUGUCGCAUUUUACCAGCAAGGGAUGCAGACGAACCAGGAGGAUGCGGUCUUCACCAAGUUCGGCGGUGCGCAGGCUGCGCCACCCGUUGCUGGCCUGUCUCAACAACAACAGCAGCAGCUUGGCAUGGGUGGUGUGAAUUCACCGCCAGCGGUGUACGAAAAGCCCCGGGCCGCUCCUCUGCCUCCUGGUCCGUCCUUAAAGGCAGCCUGGCGGCCAUCUGAGCCGGCGACAAGCUCCCCGUACGGUGAUCUCAAGCCAUCUCGCCCAGCUCCAUCAGCGGCAACGCCGCCGAUGGCGGCAGUGGACAGCCGUCCGUCGCCGCCGUCACGCUCCACCUCGCAAAAGCAGCCGUCCAAGGCCCCCAUCGCGGCACGGCCGCCCCCAGAAGCUCCGUCUGUUGCUGCUGCCUCUGCGGCAGCGGCUGGCGCCACACCACCAUCCGGAGCGACAUCGAAGCCGUCACGGUCGCGGUCGCUUGGUGCAGGUGCAGCUGCACAGGCGAGCAGCAAGUCGCCGCCACUGGGCUCCUCGCACGCGCAGAAGGCCGGCCAGCAGCCGACAAAACAGCUCAGCACAAAGGAAAAGACGGGCGGGGCGCAGCCUAGGAGAAGGGACACGAAGAAGAACCAGGUCAAUGAUGCGGAUGUCAUUGCGAAGCUGCAAGCCAUCUGCACCGAUGCGGAUCCCACACAACUUUACAGGAGUCUUGUCAAGGUCGGCCAGGGCGCAUCCGGUGGUGUGUACACUGCUUAUCAGGUCGGCACAAACCAUUCGGUCGCGAUCAAGCAGAUGAACUUGGAGCAGCAGCCCAAGAAGGACCUGAUUAUCAACGAGAUCCUCGUCAUGAAGGAAUCGCAGCACCGCAACAUUGUCAACUUCAUCGACUCGUUCCUCUACAAGGGUGACCUCUGGGUUGUCAUGGAGUACAUGGAAGGCGGCAGCUUGACAGACGUAGUCACGUGCAACAUCAUGACCGAAGGCCAGAUCGCAGCCGUCAGCCGCGAGGUACUGGAAGGGUUGAAGCAUUUGCACGAGCAUCGCGUCAUCCAUCGAGACAUCAAGAGCGAUAAUAUCCUCCUGAGCUUGCAAGGUGAUAUCAAAUUGACCGACUUUGGCUUCUGUGCACAGAUCGGCGAGUCACAAGCAAAGCGCACGACUAUGGUCGGUACACCAUAUUGGAUGGCGCCAGAGGUGGUCACUCGAAAAGAGUAUGGGCCCAAGGUGGAUAUCUGGAGUCUGGGAAUUAUGUGCAUUGAAAUGGUCGAGGGCGAGCCGCCGUACCUGAAUGAGAAUCCGUUGCGAGCGCUCUACCUGAUCGCGACCAACGGCACGCCAAAGAUCAAUAAUCCCGAGCAGCUAUCGACCAGCUUCCGAGACUUCCUUAAGACAUGCUUGGAUGUGGAUGCAGAGCGGAGGCCCGACGCGGCAGGGGCGCUAGGCCAUCCGUUCCUCAAGCGUUCCGAGAGCCUGCGGACCUUGGCGCCUCUGAUCAAAGCUGCUCGUGAACAGUACAAGAAGUGA